CCUCAGUCACAGUCUUCCUCCUGUCAAGCGUCAAAGAGAACAGCCAGGAUGACAAACCGAGCCAGCCAUGACGGCGUGAACAACGCGCCAGAGGUCACAUACCCUGCUGAUAAGAAAGAGAUUGGCCAGGUCGAGCGUGUUUUGUCGGCAGAAGACGAGAAGGUCGACCACAUCAACUACGACCGUAUCGACGCCGAAGUCGCCAAAUAUGCAGAUGCAACCGCGGAAAGAGUGCACAUCUCUGAAGAGGAGAACAAGCGGUUGAAGAGUCUCAUUGACAGACGCGUUCUGCCGAUCAUGAUUGUCACAUACUUCUUGCAGGCUCUGGACAAAGGCACCAUGUCUUUCUCGUCGAUCAUGGGUAUCAGAAACGAUAUUCCGAUUUUAAAGCAGAACCACUAUUUCGCCUGGCUCACCACCUGUAUCUACAUUGCCAUUCUGUGUGUCGAGUACCCUAUUAAUUGGACCAUCCAACGCGUACCUGUCGGCAAAUUCCUCGGCAUCAACAUCUUACUCUGGUCAACGACUCUGUGCUGUCACGCUCUGUGCUUCAGUUUCCCCGCGCUUGUUACGGUCAGGACACUACUCGGUAUCUUCGAAGCAGUGUGUCAACCUGCCUUUCUGAUCAUGAGCUCCAUCUGGUACAAGCGUGACGAGCAGGCAGCUGUUAUCAACUACUGGUACAUGAUGAACGGUGCGCAGCAAAUCGUCGGUGGUCUUCUGGCCUACGGCUUCUCGCAAAUUCACCACCCUAGCUUCAGGGACGGAACCGGAAAGCUCAUUGGAGGCACUGCAAAGAUUAGAUCGUGGCAGGCUAUUUUCAUCACCUAUGGCAUGGCUUCGUUCUUGUGGGGCAUCUUUGUGCUCAUCCGUCUUCCUGACUCUCCUAUGCGCGCCAAGUGCUUUACCGAGGAAGACAAGAAGCUCAUGGUCGAGCGAGUCCGAUCCAACCAGACUGGUCUCCAGAACAAGAAGUUCCGCGCGUACCAGCUCAAGGAGGCUCUACUUGAUCCCCAGACGUACUGCUACAUGCUCAUCCAGAUCUGCACAACUCUCCCAACUUCCGGCCUCGGUGCAUUCUACAAUAUCAUCAUCAACGGCUUGAAGUUUACGAUUCUCCAGACCCAGCUUCUCGCCAUGGUCCUCGGUGUAGUCAUCAUCUUCACACUGACGGGCUCGGCAUGGCUAUGCAAGAAGACCGGACAGAACCUGUUGACAAUGGCCAUUUUCGUGAUCCCAUCUUUCAUUGGCACGAUUGUUAUCAUGACUGUCGAAAACAAGAACAACUCAACCAAAGCGGGUCUUCUCAUCAGCUACUGGAUUGUUUUCACUUUCUGGGCCGCACAGGGUCUCGGCAUGUCCAUGUUGACGCGCAAUGUCGGAGGCCAGACCAAGAAGUCAGUCUGCAUCACCAUGAACUUCCUCGCAUGGUGCGGUGGUAACGCCGCUGGUCCUCAAGUCUUCUUCGAUGGCGACGCACCGCGCUACCGCAAGGCUUUGUCCAUCCAUCUCGGCUGCUACUCCCUGCUUGUGUGUACCAUUGCCUUCCUCCGCUGGAACUUGACCAUCCGCAACAAGAAGAAGGACCAGCAGUUUGGCAAGGAGAUCAACAGCACUCACGGCUUUGACGACUUGACUGACAAGGAGAACCCCAACUUCCGCUACGUGUACUAG